AUGUCGGAUGUGUCGAACUCCUCAGCUUGGGAGACCCUACCGGAGGACGAACCUCCGCUGUGCAUCGCAGUUCGACGCCCAGUGUCACCUCCACGCCACUAUGAGGCGGUAAACCGUUGUGGAGUCGCUGGAUUGCUCUGCGAGGUCCUGCCUUGUCAAAAAAAGGGGACUAUAAUUCGUGGUCGCGAAGUUGAGCCAAGCAUCCAGCCAAAGCCCGCAUUUGAGCUGGAACAUGAACAAGAGAUCCAACAAAUAUAG